ACAUUGCCUACCUUUUUGCUGCCUACAAAUACGUCAGAGGUUUUGGCAGCCCGUGGGUGAACUAUUUUCUUCAUUGUUGACCUUUCCUAAAUCUUAGGUGUAAUUAUUUCAUCAUUAGCAGUGUUUGGCUGUAUUCUUUUUUUAUCUGGUACCUAAAAAUUGUGUGCUUUCGACGAUGGACUCCGAAGACGAUACAAAGGAUGAUGUGGAUUCUGGUAACGAGUCUAGCGGAGACGAUGUCGACUUUGUCAUGGACGAGACACAUAGUACAAGAGAAAGACAAACAGAGUUAGAAGAGUAUCCUUAUGAGGUGUUAUCUACGGAGGAAAUUGUUCAGCAUAUGGUGGAUUGUAUUAAAGAAGUGAAUACUGUAGUUGAGAUACCAGCCACAACAACCAGGAUACUACUAAAUCAUUUCAAAUGGGACAAAGAGAAGUUGAUGGAGCGUUUCUAUGAUGGCGACCAGGAUCAGUUGUUCUCUGAAGCUAGAGUUAUUAAUCCAUUUAGAAAACCGGUUAUACAGAGGCCCAAGCUACCCAGACGGAUAUCAUCAUCAGGCGCAGAAGAAUGUGAAAUAUGUUUUUCGAUUCUACCAACAUCAAUGAUGACAGGAUUGGAAUGUGGUCACAGGUUUUGUACACAGUGCUGGUGUGAAUAUCUGACAACCAAAAUUAUGGAAGAAGGAUUAGGUCAAACGAUAGCUUGCGCGGCGCACGCGUGCGACAUAUUGGUCGACGACGCGACUGUGAUGCGGCUGGUCCGCGACGCGCGCGUCAAGCUCAAGUACCAACACAUCAUCACUAAUAGUUUCGUAGAGUGCAAUCGGCUGCUGCGCUGGUGCCCGUCCCCGGACUGCAGCAACGCCAUCAAGGUGGCGUACGUGGAGGCGGCGCCCGUCACCUGCCGCUGCGGACACACCUUCUGCUUCGCCUGCGGAGAGAACUGGCACGACCCGGUGCGCUGCUGUCUACUUAAGAAGUGGAUUAAGAAGUGUGAUGAUGACUCAGAAACGUCAAACUGGAUAGCCGCGAACACCAAAGAGUGUCCGAAGUGCAACGUGACGAUAGAGAAGGACGGCGGCUGCAACCACAUGGUCUGCAAGAACCAGAACUGCAAGGCGGACUUCUGCUGGGUCUGCCUCGGGCCCUGGGAGCCGCACGGUAGCAGUUGGUACAACUGUAACAGAUACGACGAGGACGAGGCGAAGGCGGCGCGCGACGCGCAGGAGCGGUCCCGCGCCGCGCUGCAGCGCUACCUCUUCUACUGCAACCGGUAUAUGAACCACAUGCAGUCGCUGCGCUUCGAGUCCAAGCUGUACGCCUCUGUCAAGGAGAAGAUGGAGGAGAUGCAGCAACACAACAUGAGCUGGAUAGAAGUGCAGUUCCUGAAGAAGGCGGUGGACAUCCUGUGUCAGUGCCGGCAGACGCUAAUGUACACGUACGUGUUCGCGUACUACCUGCGCAAGAACAACCAGUCCGUCAUCUUCGAGGACAACCAGCGCGACCUCGAGUCCGCCACCGAGACGCUCUCCGAGUACCUCGAGCGCGACAUCACCAGCGAGAACCUCGCCUACAUCAAGCAGAAGGUGCAGGACAAAUACAGAUAUUGCGACAGUCGGCGUAAGGUUCUUCUGGAGCACGUGUAUGAAGGCUACGAGAAGGACUGCUGGGACUACACAGAGGAUGCAUUGGCUCCGUCGCCCACAAGAUCCAGCAAAGCCUAGUCUUUUCAACAGACGGAGGCAAUUACCACGGACUCGGAGUUAUAGAU